GUGCCAUCCCUUCGGUCACAAAACGUUGUAAAUUUACACACUUCUAGAAACGUCAACAAAACUCGCACAAUUGUGAACUUUGACCAGGUAGCUAGGCUGGUGGCAUGGCAGCAUUAUCUCGUAAAAAGCACCCACGCAUCCUCAGAAGUGGUCAGUCGGCUCUUGGGUGUGGCAGUCGGAGCUUUGAUGUUGCUUUCAUCUGCCCUUUAAGUACUACUCUUAAAAGCAAAAAGGAAAAGCAAAAAGGUCAGGAUUGAGUGAGACACGUCAUAAAUGUCUCAGCAGGAUGAAAGGCAGGCACAGAGGCUGUGCGCAGGUCUGUAAAAUGGC